AUGGAGCCCAACAGUCCCAAAAAGAUACAAUUUGCUGUGCCUUUAUUCCAGAGUCAGAUUGCUCCUGAAGCAGCAGAGCAGAUCAGAAAAAGAAGACCUACACCAGCAUCACUUGUGAUUCUCAAUGAACAUAAUCCCCCAGAAAUAGAUGACAAGAGGGUGACCAACACACAAGCUGAAUCACAAAAUGCAUCCCCUAAGCAAAGGAAGCAGAGCGUGUACACACCACCGGCCAUGAAAGGAGUUAAGCAUCUGAAGGGCCAGAAUGAAUCAGCAUUCCCUGAAGAAGAAGAAGGUGUAAACGAAAGAGAGGAGCAGUGGGACCAUUAAUUACGGGUCUGCAGCAAGAAGGCUUCUUGGGAAUAACUGAACUAUUAACUUUUCUGAAUAUCGUAUGGAAGGCCACUCCUUGACUUCCAGAAGCAUUCUCCACCUCUUCUCUCCACACUCAUACAGUAGUAAUACACCUCCUGGGAAGCUGUCCCUGGUUGAACUUUAGAACUAAGUACAGAUUGUUCGAUAUUACGUCCAAUUAAAGAAUAAACAUUUAUUUUAUGGUGAUUUUUCCUUUUAAUGACAUUUGCAUACAUGUGAGUGUUCUAACUUUAAUACUGCCCAGCUUAAUCCCUGAUGUCCUACUGAAGCGGUUUGCCUUCUAAGGUCAAAUGUAAAUAGCUUCACUUUAAAGAGUAAAAAAUAAACGCUAAAUACAUUUA